UCGACUUUAACUAUGUUUGUUCUAUGUGCAUAUGUUGUCUCAAAUUGUCUCUUCUCAACAGCACAAAACACGCGCAUGAGGCAAGAGCUCGAGGUUUCGGUCUGAGGUUCAAGCUGAGUACUUAGGAUUUUGUGUCUGACAAGAUUUCACAGAAGUUUUCUAGUUUACAAUCUGGAGGUUUUUAAUGAGUAAAGAUGAAAAAUCUUGUUUAUAUCAUGGAUAUUCAAGAUCGUUGUUGAAAUCUCUGGAUGAUGGCGCGCUCAGAAGCUGUAAGUUCAGUAGGAGAUAAUAUGUCGGUAGAUAAUGGAUCAAGGAAGCCUCGGAUUCUACUCGCCGCUAGUGGGAGUGUGGCUGCUGUCAAAUUUGCAAAUCUUUGUCAUUGUUUUUCUGAGUGGGCAGAAGUAAGAGCAGUUGCAACGAGUGCGUCACUGCAUUUUAUUGACAGAGAAGCAAUUCCUAAGGAUAUAAUUUUAUAUAUCGACGAGAAUGAAUGGUCAAGUUGGACGAAACUAGGAGAUAGUGUGCUUCACAUUGAGCUUCGCAAAUGGGCUGAUAUCAUGGUCAUCGCUCCAUUAUCAGCAAACACUCUUGGCAAGAUUGCCGGAGGGUUGUGUGACAAUCUACUGACAUGUAUUGUUCGAGCAUGGGACUACAGUAAGCCAUUCUUUGUUGCAACAGCCAUGAACACUUUCAUGUGGAACAAUCCUUUCACGGAACGACAUCUCAUUGCCAUUGACGAGCUCGGUAUAUCUCUCAUCCCCCCGGUUACAAAGAGGUUAGCUUGUGGUGAUUAUGGCAAUGGUGCAAUGGCUGAACCAGCUACCAUUUACUCUACUGUGAGGCUCUUUUACGAGUCAAAGGCUCAGCAAGGUAACGGUGACGUGUAGGAAUGUAUACAAGUGUGAAUGACCUUUAUAGUACUUGCCUUGGCCCCUUGAUCUGGUUUUAUUUGCAUUCUUUUUUAGAAUUAUGUUUCUCUUACAUUCAGGUCUAAUCUGAUCAUAGUAGAUGGUGUGUAUUAAUAUUGCUAUAGCAGUCUCCUAAUUUCUAGAGGGAUGCUUUUGUAUCUCUUCAGUAACAGUUCUAGGUGUGUAUGCUCUUCUAGCUUUAUUAAUAAUGAAAUUUUAGCAAAAUAUAGGGUUUGGAUCUAUGGAAGGGGAGCCUUGGAGUAACGGUUGAAUUGUCUCUGUGUAAGUUUAAGAUCACGGAUUCAAGCCUAGAAUUAACUACCAAUGCAAUUAUCAGGUUAAGCUAUUUACAUUACACCCUUUAGUGCGGUCCUUUCUCGGACUUUGCAUUAACAGGACAUUUGUACACCGGACUGCCCUCUAAGGAUUUGGACCUAUUCAGGUUCAGUGUUGCAUCUGAAAGGUUGAUAAGAAAAUUAACGGUUUAUGAUUA